GCAUAUGAUCGAAGAACUGUAGCGGAGUUCUGCGCUAAAUCUACCAACAUGCUAAUACUAUUAUAUUUAUUCGUAUUCAUCACAGUUAGAGCACAAUUGGACAACUUUCCGGUAUACUGGAAUGUACCCUCGAAAGUCUGCUAUACUAGGGGAGUUGAUAUACCACUGCAAGAAUUUGGGAUUAUCUACAAUAAAGAUCAUGAGUUCCUUGGGGACCAAAUAGUUAUAUUUUAUGAGUACAAUUUCGGACAUUUUCCUUACUACUUGGAUUAUGAUCCUAACCAACCAGUCAACGGUGGUUUACCGCAGAAAUGUCCCUUUGACAAACACUUAGCGCUAGUGUCUAAACAAAUUCGCGAAGCCAUUCCACGCGAGGAUUUUGAAGGAAUAGCGGUGAUCGACUUCGAGGAGUGGCGGCCAUUGUAUGAGUUGAAUUGGGGUAAAAAAUCUGUGUACAAAUCUGAGUCCCUUCGUCUUGUUCGAGAAGAAUAUCCUACGAUCUCUGACAAAUCGGCCGAAGAAUUGGCGAAAAAAGAGUUCAACACAGCGGCAAGAAAGAUAUUUCUUUCCACUAUAGCUUUGGCACGACAACUUCGACCCUAUGCCCGAUGGGGUUUUUAUGGAUUUCCGUAUUGUAAUUACGACGCUGGAAAUGCUGAAUCUGACAUUUUGUGCAGUGAAAAGUUCAAGAGAAUCAAUGAUGAAUUGUCUUUCAUAUAUGAAGCCAGCUCAGCUUUAUUUCCAUCGAUUUAUCUUAGCCUCCAAGGCACAAGCGCUCAAAACUACCGUUAUAUUCAGGCCAUCAUGAUGGAAUCAGCCCGAAUCGCUGCAGUGCAAUCCCCGCCCCUCGAUGUAUACCCUUACACCAAAUUUGAGUACAACCCAUAUCAGUUUUUGGAUUCAUUUUAUGCAAAGAAAGAUGUCUGUAAUUCGCUAAAGCAAGCUGCAGAUCUUGGGGCACGGGGAAUAAUUUUAUGGAGCACUAGCAAGAAUAUGAAACAACGAUGCGAGGGUUUAUCGACGUAUGUACGAGGACUGUUAGGACCUACAGUAGCGUUGGUUCGCAAGAGAAAUCAGCGAUGUCGGGAAAAGCGAUGCUCAUCACACGGCCAGUGCGUUCUCCCAGAGCCAGCAACUCGGUGUACCUUUCGAAUGCAACCGUCAAACUACGUCUGUAGAUGCGACCCACUCUACACAGGAAACGACUGUUCAUUACGAAGACAUUUCAAAUGGAUUCACAAUAGGCGAGGGAAAAAUGCAACUGCUCCUAACGGCAAAGGCAACAGACGGGGAAGAAGGAGGAAAAUCAAAAAAUUGAGGUUCAUCAAGGUCUCCGGUGAUGCUGGGGGAAAGGCGGAAGAUGGUUCACCUGCCACAGCCAAAGCAGUUUUGGUAAACGUCGACAUAUCAAAGAACCAUGGGAAGGCUCGGCCACCUACGACCAGUGCAAGAACGAUCAUUGGUUUUCUCAAUGCCACUGCCAUGACGCCUAAGAUACUUCCGAAAACAACAACAUUAGACCUAUCACAAUUUGUAACCCCACCGCCUCUUGAUUUCCGAAUAGCUUAAAAAGUUCGUUUUGUGCAUACUUUUUUCUUUCACCAGAGCUUUCUCGGCUUUCAGCGCAAAUUUGACAUUAGGGGCAAUUUACGUUUAGGAGUUUUUCGGCCUCCCUAAUUUUUUAUUGGGGCAAGCUAGCGCUUUUAGUCAUGGAAAACAAAAUUACUGUUUUGCUUUUUGUUCGUUGCCAUCUAUGUGUAUACAUUCUGCUUAGGAACCCAUGGAAAGAUAAUUGAAAUCUAGUCUGUUGCGUGUAAGUACGCUUUUUUUUCUUAUUUGAUUAUAGAGAACACGUGCAGCUUUUUGUACAUAAUCUAAAAAGAUCAUUUGAAUACUAGUCAU